AUGCCUUUCAACUUCGACUACGCAGUCAACGAUUCACUACAAGGGGUGGGCCUAGGACUACGGCACAAGUCCAACUCCGACGGUAAUCUCGUGACCGGCGAAUACCACGUCCUCCUCCCCGACGGUCGCACUCAGAAUCGUCACCUACACGCCGACCACUACAAGGGAUACCAGGCUGAGGUCAGGUACGAGGGCGAGGCCAAGUACCCUGAACCUGCUCCCUACCAUGCCCCAAAGCCCUCCUACCACCCAACUCCGGCUUAUGGACACCCAAAACCCCAGCUUACGGACAUCCCACUCCUGCUUAUGGUGCUCCCAAAUGCCGCCCUUCCAAGACCGCCAAAAAAAUGGGCUAUAACCACCGCUGCCGCCGCCGCUCCCAUACCGCCGACACCACACCACCAAUACAGUAGCCUUCACAUAGCAAGAAAUUCACUUUCAAGAUCGCAUACCUUCUCGAACGAGAUUCGACGAUAA